CGCCCCGGCGGCCACUGGGCAUGCUCGGUUGUCAGGCAGGUUCGGGGCUGCGAAGAGCUUUUGCGCCUCACGGAUUCCUCCUCCUGCCGCGCGUCCUCUUCCUCCCGAGCAGGGAGCGGGCGCAUGAUGGCGGCGGCUGCGGCGGGGAGCGCCAGCGGCGGCAGCAGCGGCGGCGGCGGUGGCGGCAGCAGCAGCAGCGACACGUCCAGCACCGGCGAGGAGGAGAGGAUGCGGCGCCUCUUCCAGACGUGCGACGGCGACGGCGACGGAUACAUUAGCAGGUACUCGGGGAGAAAUGACUUGUUGAUGGUUUGUCGUCAACUGAAUAUGGAAGAGUCUGUGGCUGAGAUCAUGAACCAACUGGGCGCAGAUGAAAAUGGGAAGAUUUCCUUUCAGGAUUUUACAAGAUGCCGCAUGCAGCUCGUCCGAGAAAUUAGGAAGGAGGAAGUAGGCCUUUCUGAGAAGUCAGACAACUCCUGUAAAAAGAAGCAGCUGAGGGAUAGAAUUGCCUCCUGGCCCACGAGCAGUGACAACAGUUUAGGUGCCUUAUCAGCAGCCAAGGAGAGCUGGGAAUACGACUCGGGUGCCAGGGAUCUCCAGAGCCCGGACUUGCAGAGUCAGUCGGCCCUACAGAAGCUUCUCGGGUACGGCGGAAGCUCUUUGCAUCAGCAGGCUGCUGCUCUCCACAAGCUGCUCACACAGUCGCCGCAUUUUGGCAACUCGGUAGGAGGAAACUAUCUAGAGCUGGCCAACACGCUUCAUUUGGCAGCCCUGGCAUCACUCAAGGGAGAUAUAGUAGAGCUCAAUAAACGUCUGCAGCAAACAGAACGGGAACGGGACCUUCUGGAAAAGAAAUUGGCCAAGGCACAGUGUGAGCAGUCCCACCUCAUGAGAGAGCAUGAGGAUGUCCAGGAGCGAACGACGCUUCGGUACGAGGAGCGCAUCACAGAACUCCACAGCAUCAUUGCUGAGCUCAAUAAGAAGAUAGACCGUUUGCAAGGCACCACUAUCAGAGAGGAAGAUGAGUACUCAGAACUGCGAUCAGAACUCAGCCAGAGUCAACACGAGGUCAACGAGGACUCUCGAAGCAUGGACCAAGACCAGACCUCUGUCUCCAUCCCUGAAAACCAGUCCACCAUGGUCACUGCUGACAUGGAUAACUGCAGUGACCUGAACUCCGAGCUGCAGAGGGUGCUGACGGGGCUCGAGAAUGUCGUCUGCUGCAGGAAGAAGAGCAGCUGCAGCCUGUCGGUGGCCGAGGUGGACAGGCACAUCGAGCAGCUCACCACGGCCAGCGAGCACUGUGACUUGGCUAUUAAGACAGUCGAGGAAAUUGAGGGGGUACUCGGCCGGGACCUGUAUCCCAACCUGGCUGAAGAGCGGUCUCGUUGGGAGAAGGAGCUGGCUGGGCUGAGGGAAGAGAAUGAGAGCCUGACCGCCAUGCUGUGCAGCAAAGAGGAGGAGCUGAACAGGACCAAGGCCACCAUGAAUGCUAUCCGGGAGGAGCGGGACCGGCUCCGGAGGAGGGUUCGAGAGCUUCAAACUCGACUACAGAGCGUGCAGGCCACAGGGCCCUCCAGCCCUGGCCGCCUCACUUCCACCAACCGCCCAGUUAACCCCAGCACUGGAGAGCUGAGCACAAGCAGCAGCAGCAAUGACAUUCCCAUUGCCAAGAUUGCUGAGAGGGUGAAGCUAUCAAAGACCAGAUCCGAAUCUUCAUCGUCUGAUCGGCCAGUCCUGGGCUCAGAAAUCAGCAGCAUAGGGGUAUCCAGCAGUGUGGCGGAACACCUGGCCCACUCUCUUCAGGACUGCUCCAACAUCCAAGAGAUCUUCCAAACACUCUACUCACAUGGAUCUGCCAUCUCUGAGAGCAAAAUUAGAGAGUUUGAGGUGGAAACAGAACGGUUGAAUAGCCGUAUUGAACACCUCAAAUCCCAAAAUGACCUCCUGACCAUAACCCUGGAGGAAUGCAAAAGCAACGCCGAGAGGAUGAGCAUGCUGGUGGGGAAGUACGAGUCCAAUGCCACCGCGCUGAGGCUGGCCCUGCAGUACAGUGAGCAGUGCAUAGAAGCCUAUGAACUUCUCCUGGCACUGGCCGAGAGUGAGCAGAACCUCAUCCUGGGGCAGUUCCGGGCGGCUGGUGUGGGGUCCUCCCCUGGAGACCAGUCAGGGGAUGAAAACAUCACUCAGAUGCUCAAGCGAGCUCACGACUGCCGGAAGACGGCUGAGAACGCCGCCAAGGCCCUGCUCAUGAAGCUGGAUGGCAGCUGCGGGGGAGCCUUUGCUGUGGCCGGCUGCAGCGUGCAGCCCUGGGAGAGCCUCUCCUCCAACAGCCACACCAGCACCACCAGCUCCACAGCCAGUAGCUGUGAUACCGAGUUUACUAAAGAAGAUGAGCAGAGGCUGAAGGAUUAUAUCCAGCAGCUCAAAAAUGACAGGGCCGCAGUCAAGCUGACCAUGCUGGAGCUGGAGAGCAUCCACAUCGAUCCUCUCAGCUACGACGUCAAGCCCCGGGGAGACAGCCAGCGGCUCGAUCUUGAAAACGCUGUGCUGAUGCAAGAGCUGAUGGCCAUGAAGGAGGAGAUGGCCGAGCUGAAGGCCCAGCUCUACCUCCUGGAGAAAGAGAAGAAGGCCCUGGAGCUGAAGCUGAGCACGCGGGAGGCCCAGGAGCAGGCCUACCUGGUGCACAUCGAGCACCUGAAGUCCGAGGUGGAGGAGCAGAAGGAGCAGCGCAUGCGGUCCCUCAGCUCCACCAGCAGCGGCGGCAAAGACAAGUCCGGCAAGGAGUGUGCAGACGCUGCCUCCCCAGCUCUGUCCCUGGCUGAACUGAGGACCACAUGCAGUGACAGUGAGCUGGCUGCGGAGUUCGCCAAUGCCAUCCGUCGAGAAAAGAAGUUAAAGGCCAGAGUUCAAGAGUUGGUGAGUGCCUUGGAAAGACUCACCAAGAGCAGUGAAAUCCGACACCAACAAUCAGCCGAGUUUGUUAAUGAUCUAAAGCGAGCGAACAGCAACCUGGUGGCUGCCUAUGAGAAAGCAAAGAAGAAGCAUCAGAACAAACUGAAGAAGCUGGAGUCUCAGAUGAUGGCCAUGGUGGAGAGACACGAGACCCAAGUGAGGAUGCUCAAGCAAAGAAUAGCUCUGCUGGAGGAGGAGAACUCAAGGCCGCAUACCAAUGAAACUUCACUUUAAUCGGCACUUGAGCACCAAAGUUCUGCCUAUGGAAGCUAAACUAUAGCAGGUCACCGAGGAGAGAAGGGCUCCAGGGGACAGAGUACCUGUUGGGAGAGUGAGAAAAGGGAAGAUUGGCAGGUAGAUGAGCACUUGGACACUGGAGUGCCAUGAACUCAGCCCCAGAGGCGAGUGGCCCUGGUGACACAGUGUAGACUGUAUCCAGAGGACCCUGUUCCUCCCCUCCUGGGCCACGGGCAGUGUGGAAAUACUCACUCAUGUGCCGUGCUCAGCAGGCCUUGCUUCUGCUUUCAGCACUGGCUUUGUCGCUCUCCCACCUGUUCUGUUCUGGAGGUUGUGCACCAGUGGUAUCCCAGACAUUUGUUUUGUAAGAUUGUCCAGUCUUCUCUCUUAUCUUUGACAUCCCCGAUUUCUCCUCUUUCCUUCUCUUUCAGAGGAAAACAGGGGUGUGUAUGUCUUCAGCAUCUAGAAGAACUGCUGAUUUGCUUAUUGCAACAGGCUUUGAUUUUCAUGUCCCACGUAUCAACUCUAAGAUAGAGGCCAUCACUCAGAGGUGUUCUGGGAGGUGGCUUACAGGAUGGUACACAGGUGUUCCUUACAGUCCCAGAUAGAGUGAAGUUACAGGUAGAGAAACCCCAGGGCUGCUCCUGAACAAUUCUGUAUGGGAGAAUGAAAACUUCCUUCACCUCUCAAUGUGGAGGCAGGGCUGGGAAGGGAGCUCUCUUUUGACUCUGGAAUCUCCCCUUCCCAGUGGAGCCUUACUAACAGUCAAGAAUAAUUGCUGAGAGAAUCCUGUUGAUAUGUGUAGUGGAACUAAAAUUUUAUCAGGAGUUUUCUCAAGAGCAGAGGAGCAUAAUUAGUACUUUUCCCCCACCCGAGGGCACUACGUAAUUGCUGUUCUGCAUGAAUCAGAGUACAUAUGUAGCUCUGGACCUGCCUUUGUUUCUCUAAGGGCAAGAGGCAGGACACUGAGUAGAUACUGAAUGUUUCGCAGGCUGAUUCCACCUAUUUAAGAAAUUGCUACUGAACCGCCAGUUCAAGACUUCGCUCCUGCUGUCAGGAAGGGCACAGGGUGAGGGAAUGGGUGUUGAGGCCUCUUUUAUCCCCCCUACCCCCAGACAUGGUGAUGAUUACCAUAUGGUGCUUAAACAGGUUAAAUUUCAAGCAAAAUGCUGACAGGGCUGGGCAGGACUAAAGUACCUGAAUUCUUUCAGGAAGCUCUUUCACCUUAAAUUCGUUAUUCCUCUUCUACUGUAACCUUUUAACCUUUACCAUAAGCAUCACUGUUUCGCUUUGUCUUUCAAGUCUUCUGUAGCUGCCCUACACUGACACAUUUUAAAGGACCACUUGCCAUUUAUUCUGUAGCACCUGAAAAUCCACCCAAAGUCCCCUAUGAGAAAUGGGGCCCAAUGCCACAGUUCACAAAGUUUUGCUUAUGUCCAGGUCACUGCAUUAACCACAUCCAUGAGCUAAAAGUUCUGUCUUCAGAGAGCAUGAUAUGAGUUUCUCAGCCUUCUGCCCAAUGGGGAAGGACACUCCAGCCACCACCAUGGAGAACAAAGCAGUUCUAGCCCAAAAGCAACCACCCUUCUUCUCAUGCCAGCAGUGACGGCUGCCCCAUCUUCAAAAGAAAUCAACUGGUAGCAUUCUGGAAGGACCAGCUUUUGGGUGCUUUGAUCACUGUGAAUGUAGCCACUGGCUUCUGUUUCUGUUAUGAAUCAUUUUAUCAAAGUUGGUUCUUGUGAUUUUUUUUAAUCAAUUUUUAUUCUUUGGAUAGUUUCAUUUUGUCACAAGGAAAAUGUUUUGGCUGAAAAGUAUGUGCAACAAAAGGUUUAGUAGACAAAAAUCAUUGUUUUCUCCAUUUUUCCAGGCUGCCUAGGGAAAUGUCCUUCCCCAAGCAAACCGGGAUGUGCAAGGUGGGAAACCAUUCAUGGCUUUCUCUUCUGUGACUGAUCAGGCAUCAAAACAGACAGUUUUCAUUUUUACCAACACUGAGAAGUAUGGCUGAUGCAGGUAUAAAAUCUUGUCUGCUGACUUCUCUCUACCAUUCUUGCUCCAAGUUAAAACAGAGAACCCACCCUUUUAGGAUCAGGUAACUCCCUCACACCUGGCAAGUCUCCGCUCCUCCAUUACUCAUCCUACCUAGCCUCAUUUUGAGUUUAUUAUUUCAACAUAAUACUUUUAAAUAUGUGGUGACUGGGUGAAAACUAUUUCCCCAGCGAAACUGUUACCUUUAUAUAUGUGUAGAAUAAAAAAGCUAUUAAGUAGUCAAUUUCCUUUCCUUGUAUUUUUCAAAUAUACUCCCUAAGAUACAAUCCUUGUUGAAGGUGAACCAGCAGGCACUUGGUUAUGCUAAUUGUGGGGUCUCCUAAAACUGCAUUGAUUAAAUAAAUGAUUGCAGGUGCCUGGAUCACUUUCCUUUUUUUAUCACCUGAAUCUAUCUUUCUAAAUAGGAGCUGGUUUAUAUUAACAUCUCCAUCGGGGUAAACAAUGAUCUUGAGUCUAACUUGUAUGAGGUUAAAAACCUUUCAGAAUUUCCUAUUUUUGUUUUCUUCCAAUUUCCUCAGUGGUUAUCUCUGUUGGGCAGUCACGUUCUCUGUUCAGAGUUCAGUCUUUGACUCUUAGAGACAUGGGCAUGGCAAGAAAGGAUCCAUUUCACAGUUCCCUCGGAGUAUAUUUCCCAGAGCUGAAUUGAGGCAAAAAUCACAGGCAAGAGACUUCUGUCUGUAGCUGCAGUGCCAUCAAAGUGUGGGCCUACCAACUGGAUCUGAUGUUCUGUCAAAACCCCAUGUGCACCAGCUACCCAAACUACCAUGGACUUGUAGGCCAUAAGGUUCCUCUUUGAGACCUACACCCAAAGUUAUUUAUGAUUAAGCACCUUCUGUGAUCAGACAGCUGAGAUUUAUCAUGCCCUCCCUCUCUCUCAUGCUCUUGCCCUAGAGAGAUAGAUACUAGAUGGUUCAUCAUUGCCAAUGCACAUAAUCAACUGUUUCAUAUUCACACUCAACUGCUGGCAUGUCAGGUUUCUGAAGUUAAUAUCCAUGGUGCCUGAAACUGGAAUGUUAGGUUAAUAAAAAAUUAAGUGCCAGUUAAACAUAACUGCUUAAUUCUCCUUUGAGAUACAUGCACUUCUUACUAAGUCUUCCUCUGAGCCUGCAGCAAUACUUUAUAGGGACCUCAGAGAAGUCUAAAUUAGAGCCUUGACAUUCCACUACUCCAGAAAGGCAGUCCAAAUUAGAGCCUAUAUAAGGCUUUUUCUUAAAAACUGUUAGGAUGAGGCUAAUAAGGAUUUUACUUCUCUAAGGAAAACUUUAUUUGAAAGUCUCCUAGUUCCUAGCUGCAUAGUGAUUACAUUAUUUUAAGUGAAAAAAUGCCCCAGUUAUCUGACCUGCGCUGGACUGCCUAAGAACCUCCAUAGUUGCCUGUUCCCUUCUGAAGGUGUCUCCUAUGGCCCACAAAAAUUAUCCUGCAAUUAUUUUUUAAUUCUAUCAAUUAUCUUAACACAGCUCUUGAGAGUUUGGGGUAUGAUGCCCAUGUUUUAAGUGAAGUGAUGAGAAACACAUCAAGACCACAGAAAACACCCAAACUUUUAUUAAUGACUUCUGAAAGUCAUAAGGCUCCAAUAAAGCUUUAAGCCAGUUGCAAAUGCAUAACUGGGAGUGUCUCUCACCCAUGAAACUAUUUAAAGCAAAAAGAUCAUGUUCACUAAGUUUACAGCUGCAGCUAUUUCUAGAUGGAACAAACACAGCUAUAAUUAGAAAGUUUAGAGGCCAAAAGGGGGAAGAAUUCUCUGAUUGAAAUUUCUGCAUUAAAUUUAAUUAGGAUGCAGGACUAGGUUGCCAAGGGUUUUUGGGGGGCAGGGGGGAAACAUAAGUAACAUUUGUUUUUUCUGCAGUAAGUGACAACUUUGCAGAAUGCUAUAAAAAUUUCUGAAAAAAAAAUCACACAGCAGUUAUUUUUCUGUUUAUCCAGUGGAGUGGCCUAUUUGACAAGAAAUGAUACACUCACCACCUUUCACUGAGGCUUACAAACUCCCUAGUGCUCACAAGCUAGGCACUACUUUGGAGGAGAGGCGUAACUUGGUGAUAAAACAAAAAUUAAGUCUUUGCUGCACACACAGUUCUUAAAGUUUAUCCAAAUCCUAUUCUAGGUACUGAAACCUUGGGUUUGUAUAGGCCAAGCUGACAUUAGCUCUGAACCUAUGGCAUUCUGAAGUUCCUCCUGUUUCACACAUUUGAAAUUACUUCCUAACUACAUUUGUAUUCACUAAUAGAUGCCUUAGGCUGCCAAUCACUAAUUUUUUAGAACUGGAAUCAGAAUUAUCAAUUAAUGGAAUGCUGGCUGCUGCCACAACAGCAUCACUGAGCACCAGUGGCUGUUACAAUAUAAA